GUGUGCGCGUGUGUGUGUGUUUAUGUGUGAGAGUGCGUGCGUGCAUGUGUGUCAGUUGACUCCUCCGCGGCGCAGGAUCUCUCCACCGCUUCGCGGAAGAACGCGUCUCUGCUGUCCCGCUAAAGAUGGAUCUGUCCGCGGCAGGGGACCGUGUGUUUGCCGCUGAGGCCAUCCUGAAGCGUCGCAUCCGCAAGGGGCGGAUGGAGUACCUGGUGAAAUGGAAAGGAUGGGCAGUAAAGUAUAGCACAUGGGAACCCGAGGAAAACAUUCUGGAUGAACGACUCGUUGCAGCGUUUGAACAAAAAGAACGCGAACAAGAGAUGUAUGGACCAAAAAAGAGGGGCCCAAAACCUAAAACAUUGCUUCUGAAGUCGAGAGCACAAGCUGUGGAGGGUUUCCCACGAGUCCAGGAGUUUAAGCACAGUCGUCCUCAGCAAACUUCCAAAAUUCCUCACCCCUCCGUCGCACCGUCCUACACCCCCAGUGCCCCGUCCAACGCCAAACUGCAGUCAGGUGCCGCCCAGCCCAAACUGAAGAAAGACAUUCACCGCUGUCAUCGUAUGGCCCGUCGACCUCUGCCCCGCCUGGACCCCUCAGCGCAAACAGACGGUCCUUUUUCCUCUCGGCCCACAGUCAGUCCGUUCUCAGAAACGGUCCGUAUUCUGAACCGGAAGGUCAAACCCAGAGAGGUGAAGAAAGGGCGGGUCAUUCUGAACCUUAAAGUGCUUGACAAGGCUGAAAAUGGUACCAGCAGUAGAAGGACACACGUGCAAGGCUCUGUCCAGCCAUCCCAUUACGGGCGGCAGAAAAUUCCAUCUCGAAAUAGGGUGAUUGGGAAAAACAGGCGCUUUGGCGAAGUGUCCUACCGUGGUCUCCAACCCCCCAUAAGGAGCUCUGGCUUUCCUGUUUUUGGAAAGCUGUUUAAUUCUGAUUCGCUUAAAGCAGAGAGCCAGACUCAAAGUGUGGAAUGCCGCAACAACGUCCCCAACAAUGGCCUGUCUUCAUCAUCCUCUUCAUCCCAAAGUUCAAAGCUUCAGAUGUCAGACUUUUCCAAAAGUCAGACUCUCAACGAUGAACAGCCUCCUUCAGUCUCAAGCUCAGAUGUUUCAGACGGUGAGACACCGUUCCCACCACAAGGCCAAUCCCAGCAUUCCUCGUUGACACCCAAGCCCACCACAGCAAUUGCCCCGGAUCCAGCUCGUCACAAACUCACCGCUCAACACCUGAAAAACACCUCGGGUCCAUCCGCUCUUCCAUCCUCCCCCAUGUUCUCCUCUUCGUCCUCUGCCUCAUUAUCCUCAGAGGACAACGAGCACAUACUGGACCUUUCCGUACCUCACGAAAUGGACAGGCGAAUGCGGCGACGCCAUCCCUUUUCUGGUCGCCGGGCCCUCAAGGUCCCUGAGGUGCCCGUGUCGGAAGAGCCGUCGGAAGAUGAAGAUGAAGAUGUGGACUGGCGUCCUGACAUGACGUCUCAGUGUGCCAAUGUGGUCGUCACAGACAUUACAGCCAAUCUCUUCACUGUGACGAUCAAAGAGUUUUGCCAUCCGCCUUCCGCUACCUCUCCACCCUGUUACCCUAAAAAUGCGGAAGCUCAACAAAACACACAACAGCCAAAGCACCAUCCCAACAAAGUUGCUGGCAUGUUAGUGUACAUCCUCUCUGAUGGGAAACAUCCUUUUGAUCUAAAUAAGUCCAAGGAUAGAGAGACUAACAUUAGAGAAGGGAAUUACUCUCUUGAUGAUGCCCUUGAUAUAGUAGCACAAGAUCUCAUAAAGAGAAUGAUCAACAGAGACCCGGCACAGAGACCCACCAUUGAUGAGGCCCUAUACAGCAUCCUUACUUCUGGGAUGACGACAGCACCUAAUCGGCAUCAAAUCUGUGGGCACAUUAUAAAGGAAAAGCAGUUAUCAUCGAUCAGUUGGUUUGAGACGGUUGAUGAGAUCUUGUCGAGGGCUGAAGAAUUUGUUGUCCCUACUGUGUUUUUGUUGUUCUCAAGGACUAAAUCUCACCGUUCUCUUUGUUUUUUUAUUAUUACCGUUGUUUUCACCGCCACCCUGAAGUUCAUCGUCGUCAUCUUGGCCGCCGGAAUGGUGGCGUUUAUCGGAGCGGUUAUCUGCAUCAUCGCCGCGGUCCACGGCGGAUCUCCGCCGGCUUCAGCAUCCGCAGCACAGUCCCUGGCCGACAACCAGUCACUGUCUCAGGACCGAACCGGGAAGAUGUUUUCGUCAGGCUCGGUAGCCCGGGCAGGACCGCUUGACGCUCUCCAUGGUACUGAUGCGAGCAGCAGGCAGAGAGGGGGACCCGAGGCGCCCUCCUUCUACGGCGUAACCGGAGUAGUGACCGGAGGCAGCGAACAGCAGGUCACCUACAGCAGACUUAUCUGCACCCCUGUGCCCGCCGGUGAGUGCAACCCCAAAAACUUUCAGCAACAAGCGGACGACCCAUCUUUAUAUGCUGGAGAGGAUUGGGGGUAUCUCCGCACCACAGCCGAGGAGCUCCGGCAGACGGUUCUUCAGCAGAAAGACGAGAUCUUGACGGAUCAAAGGACAAUACGGGAGCUAACGGGAAAGCUUUCGGAAUGCGAGAGUGGGCUGAAAGGGCGAAAGGUCCCGGGACGUCGGGAUACCCCAAGAGAGCAGAAGGACCAGCUCAUGAUGCAGGACGAUGCGGGACCCUCGAUGCGCACGGCUCAUGCAGUUGAGGAGCUGGCGCAUGCCAUAACUCAAAUAAAAGACCGCAUUGAGAAACUCGAGUCUGAAACGACAGCACCAGGGUUCAAUCACACAAGCUCACAGAAAGCCUCAGGUGCUGCUCUCAAGUCUUCCCGGGCUCGAACGACAAACACACAGAGACGACUGGAAGAUCUGGAAGGAGAGCUGAAGAGAAAGAUCAAACAGCUUGAGGAAGAGAGGAAAGCUCUGCGCAAGGAGACACAAAAACACCAGGAGCACAUCGACUAUGGACUGGAUACUGUACAGCAGCGAAUAAGCAGCUUGGAGAAAGGUCUUUUAGACAACACAUUUCCGGAAGGCUACCGGCUCUCGUUCCCUGUACGGGGCAGCUCCAUGUAUGCUGUGUUUAAGCGGGAAGUUCCCGCCCUGCACGCUCUGACUGUCUGCCUGUGGCUCAAACCUGCCAAGAGCAUCAUGGGAACAGCGUUUUCAUAUGCUGUUUGGGAUCAGAGUCAUGAGCUUGUGCUUCAGCAGCUAGUUCAUGGCCCCAUCGAGUUCAUCAUUAAUAAUGAGGUGGCGCUGUUGCCUCUUAACCUAACGGUAGGCAGAUGGCAGCAUAUGUGCGUGAGUUGGAACCGGAGGGCCGGAGUGUGGCACGCCUACAUAGGGGGCAAACUAAAGAGCGAAGGGAGUGAUCUGGCAACCCGCCACACCAUCCGUCCAGGAGGAACUCUCAUACUUGGCCAAGAACAAGGCUCCAUAGGUGGUCUUCGUUUCGAGGUGUCCCGGGCUCUGGUGGGGGAACUGUCUCAGUUUAAUGUCUGGGAUCGCCCACUUUCACACAUGGAGCUCUCUGCUCUCGCCCAGUGCGGCACAGGCAUGCUGGGUAAUGUAAUUCCCUGGACCAGCCGGGCGGUAGAGGUUUUUGGAGGGGUCACCAAGCGAUCGGCCGAACAUUGCGACCAUCGGACAGGCACGAGGCAGCGACUGGCAUCUUAAGGGGUCAUAUUAGGAUCAGAAAAAGAAAGACAGAAGGUUUAGAGAGGUAGAGAUCUGUAAGCGAGGACAAACCCAUGCCGACAUUAAACAUGUAUGAAGACGUCAUUAAGACAAUGUUUGGAACGCGUUUUGAAGAUGGUACAGUAGAGUAUUUCAUUUGUUUCAUUUUUUAUGUUUUCUUCAGAAAAUUAUUGACAUUAUUAAGGGUUAUGCUUAGAUGAAGUGUGAAAAACAUCCAUUUAAUAAACAUAAGGUGGGAACCAGGCUCAGACGAAGCUUCAUGAUGAAUGAAAUGUUUUUUUUCCACAGUUCAAAGCAAACAUUUUAUUCUUUAUACCCUGUAUUUGAUUGUUUGCUUUGAAGGAAAAACACAAACAGCGGGGAUUCAUCUCACUCUAUUUGUUAUCAGUCGGCCAUUUUUGUACUGGGUUGUUUUUGUAUGUUUGAUCUUUUAUCCAAGGUUUUUUUGUAAUACUUUGAACCACAGUUUCUAUGGUGAUCACUAUUGGACAGAAUCCUAUUGGUCAAGCCAUUCCUGGUUGAAUUGUGCACCAUUUAAAAACCUUUCGCAUCACAUCGGAAUCACAGAAUUACAUUGAAUUAGAACGAAUAGAAGGGAUGAAAGACCAACGCACUAGUAACAGCUGAAAAGACAUAUGGUCAGAUGAACGUUUCAGCAAUAUUUGAAUUAAUAACAACUUAUACCUUUAAAGCCAUGUUUCUGAAACCCUUUACAAACAUCAUGCAAACUGGUUUCAGUAUUCCUGUUAAACAUAACCUGCAAAUAUCUACAGACUUUCUCAUGCUGAGAAAGAAGCGCAUAUAUAGAUUUAUACAACAAUCUACUCAGCAAAAUUAUAUUUGUAUAAUAAGCUAAGAAACAUUCCGUAUAAUGAAUGUUUAAUAUUUACACCAUUAAAUGUAUAUACCACUAUAUAUCGGUUAAUGUGACUGCUUGUGUGAAUUUUACAGUGCGCUAUAUACUGUGUGUGAAUUAUACUUAUUGCAAUGUUUACAUGUGUAAUAUGCGUCAGGCUGAAAAUUGCCUGUUUGGUGGCCUUGCCAUGUAAAGAAUGAGGUCCCAAAUUUUGGCCUUUUUUAAAGUAUUCCAUUGCUUGGUGGAAUAACAGAAAUCGAGUUAAUGAUGGCACAAAAAGGACAUAUACCCACACGUCUGGGAAAAGUGUAAACGUAUUACUGACUGUUUUGGGGAGUGUUUCAGCAGAUUUGUUUUUUAUUCUGAUGUGUAGUUUUGUUGUUAGUGCAAUGGCUGUUUGUUUACUUUUCAGUGGUCAUUUUGUGAUGUUUAAUUCUUUUGAUGUACACGAACAAGUUUCACAUCGUAUUCAUAAAGGACUGUUUACGAAGAAAUGUUAAUAGAUGCUAUUUUGUAGGAAUGUAUUUGUUUUUGAAUAGGGAUUUGUCUUGACUUAAGAAACUCUUUUUGCCUGGUCAUUUGUCUAAUCUCUUGCUUUUUUACUCAUUUGCACCUUCAAUCGUUCUUCUCUUCUUAUUUCUUGCAUUCUGUCUGCGUUUGUCUGUAUUGAAUUGGAGAACAAAUGUGCAAACAUAAUUUGACUAUUAAAAUAUAUAGCACAAUGAAUAAUCAAAUUAAAUC